AUGACCAGUUGUGGCCAGCAGUCCCUGAACGCGUUCACUGUGCUCUUCUCGUUGCUCUUCUCCACAGUCGUGUCCGCGCAUUUCCGGGUCUGCGAGCCCUACACGGAUCACAAAGGCCGUUACCAUUUUGGCUUCCACUGCCCCCGGCUGUCAGACAACAAAACCUUCAUCCUUUGCUGUCACCAUAACAACACGGUCUUCAAAUACUGCUGCAACGAGACGGAGUUCCAGGUGGUGAUGCAGGCGAACCUCACGGCCGGCUCCGAGGGGUACACACACAACAAUUACACCGCCCUGCUGGGAGUGUGGAUCUACGGCUUCUUCGUGCUGAUGCUGCUCGUCCUGGACCUUUUGUAUUACUCGGCAAUGAACUACGACAUCUGCAAGGUUUACCUGGCGCGGUGGGGGAUCCACGGACGCUGGAUGAAACAGGAGCCCCGGCGGUGGGGGAACCCCGCUCGGGCUCCUCGGCCAGGGCAGCCGGCCACGCAGCUCCAGCCGCCCCCCGACCCCCAGCCACAGGCCCCCCAGGCCGUGCACACGCUGCGGGGAGACGGCCACAGCCCCCCACUGAUGGCCUUCCAGAGCUCGUCAGCCUGGUGA